GGGCGAUCAAUUUCGGGUUAAGGGCGCGGAGACAGGAGAAAUAUGAAAGGUUGAUUUGAGAAAUGGUCCAAACCCUGAGCCAGGUGGAGGAUGGUGACCUGGCGACUACGGUGGCUCUACUGGGUUCUUUCUAGUAAAGGUAAUGACAUGCUGCCCAUCUUUGACAGCAUCCUAAGAGUGAGGCUGAUUUCUGGAAAUCUGUUCUGACUCCAUGCCAGCUAAGAUGGACGUGACCUUGCCUGUGGUUGGAAAAAAAAAAGAGUUUACUGAUCUCUGUCUUCACAGGUCCAAGAAGAGCAGAAGAUGAUUGAGUCCCAGUUUAAACAGACACCUGUGUCAUUCAAAGAUGUGGUUGUGGGCUUCACCCAAGAGGAGUGGCAUGGGCUGAAUCCUGCUCAGAGGACCCUGUACCGGGAUGUGAUGCUGGAGACCUACAGCAAUCUUGUCUCAGUGGGUUAUGAUGGCACCAAACCAGAUGUGAUCCUCAGGCUGGAGCAGGAAGAAGCACCAUGGGUUUGUGAGGUGGUAUGCCCAGGCUGCCACUGUUGGGAAGACGUCUGGCAAAUUAGAGUCCAGAGGAAAAGAAGGCAAGACAUGUUUUUGAGGCAAGGUGCAGUCAUCAGCAAGAAAACAUUACCCAAGGAGAAAAGCCAUGAAUGUAGUAAGUUUGGGAAAAUAUCACUUCUGAACACUGAUCUUUUUUCUUCAAUUCAAAACAACAAUAACUGGGACCCUUGUGGAAUGAGUUUAAACCAUAAUUUAGACUUGAUUGGUUUUAAGAGAAACUAUGCAAAAAAACCAGAUGAAUGUAAUGCGUAUGGGAAAUUGUUACAGCAUAUAAACCAUGAUAGAAGACCUAAUGGAGAAAAAUCGUGGGGAUGCAGUCACUGUAAGAAAGCUUUCAGCCAUAACUCAGCACUUAUGUAUAAACCAGCAGUAACCAAUUCUCUUGUAUAUAAACGGAAGAGGGUUCCACCUACAGAAAAACCCCAUGUCUGUAGUGAGUGUGGGAAAGGCUUCUGCUACAAGUCUGAAUUCAUUAGGCAUCAGAGAAGUCACACUGGGGAGAAACCUUAUGGAUGCACUGACUGUGGGAAAGCCUUUUCUCAUAAGUCAACCCUCAUUAAACACCAGAGGAUUCACACUGGGGUAAGACCAUUUGAAUGUUUUUUUUGUGGAAAAGCCUUCACCCAGAAGUCACACCGCACAGAACAUCAGAGAACACAUACGGGAGAGAGACCCUUUGUGUGCAGUGAAUGUGGGAAGUCAUUUGGUGAGAAGUCAUACCUCAAUGUACAUAGAAAAAUGCACACAGGAGAAAGACCCUAUCAUUGCAGAGAAUGUGGAAAGUCCUUCAGCCAGAAGUCAUGCCUCAAUAAACACUGGAGAACUCAUACAGGAGAAAAACCUUAUGGAUGCAAUGAAUGUGGCAAAGCUUUUUACCAGAAGCCAAAUCUUAGUAGACAUCAGAAAAUUCAUGCUAGGAAAAUGUCUAUAGCAAUAAAAACCUAAUAAUUGUGGGAAAGCCUUGAGCAAGAUGUUCUGUUUCAUUGUACCAUGGAGAAUGCAUACUUAGGAAAAAUCUUAUUGAUUGAAUGAAAUUUGGACAAAUUGUUUUGUCUUAACAGAAGUCAUGUUCCAAUUGUUAUAGAAACUUUUAUAGAAAAAAUUAUAGAAAAUACUUUAUAAAACAUAAACAUGAUAUCUCUGGCACAUAAAAGUUUGAAGAUACAGAAUACAAAAUAUAUAUGAAGAGACUUAAAGGUAUACUAUAAUACAUUCCACGCUGAGCCAUAAAAUCAGUACUAUUGUACUUUGGACUGGUAAAUGUGAAUUUAACAUAAAUUGUGAGUAUCAAAUACAUAUAUCACAUAGGAUAUAGAAUGCCAUUCACCAUACUUUUGCACUCUAAAUAUCACCACUGUGUUUUGAUGUCUUAACAAUACAAAAGAUAACAAGUCCACUUUUUAAAAAAGAACUUUAUUACACCAACUACAUUUUCUCCACCUUUUUGUAAUAAAUGUUAAUGGCUAUAGCAGGUAUUAUUUAGUCCUCUUUGGAAUAAGAAAGCAAUGUUUUUAUAUGUCUCUUGAUAAUUCAGCCAAAAACCUUACUAAAAACGUAGUUAGUUAUGUCGAAAAUGCAAAGCUAAUGAAUUGUUUAAUAACCUGAUACUGGGUAAACCAAACACUGUAUUUGUGAUUACCUGGCACACUCAAUAUUUGACAAAAAAGUAGUGUUGUUUCCUGGCAUAUUGUUCACUAUUCAUUUUCUUAGUCUUGCUGCAAAGUAGUAGCAGACAUACAGUACUCUUUCUACAGAUAUAUAUGUGUGUGUGUGUGUAUAUAUAUAUAAUUUUAUUUUUGAGAUAAAGUCUCUCUCUGUCUCCCAGGCUAGAGUGCCAUGAAGUCAUCAUAGCUGACAGCAACCUCAAACUCUUGGGCUCAGCCUCCCAAGUAGCUUGCACUAGAGGCACCUGCCAUAAUGCCUGGCUAGUUUUUCUAUUUUUAGUAAAAAUGAGGUCUUGCUGUUGCUCAGACUGGUCUUGAGGGAGCUCAAGCAAUGCUCCUAACUCAGCCUCCCAGAGUGCUAGGAUUACAGGCUUGAGCCCAGCCUUCUAUACGUCUUUUAAUUCAGAAGUGUUUCAUGCAGAGACCAAUCAAGGAGAAUUCUUUUUCUUUUUUGCAAAUUAUUUAAGGAAUAUCCAGUUUCAUCUUCUAUAAAUUUACGUGGCACUUCUUCCAGACACUAAAUCCCAGGGUUUUCCUUAUUCCAAUGUUUGGGGAAAAAAUAACUGCUUCCUUAAGCUAGCAUGUCAUCCAUAUCAGAAAGGAAAUGAGGCCAGGCACGCUGUGGCUCCUACCACUAUGGGAGGCUGAGGCCGGCGGAUUGCUUGAUCGCAGGAGUUUGAGAACAGCCUGAGCAAGAUCAAGACCCUGUUUCCACUAAAAAUAGAAAAAUUAGCCAGGCAUUGUGGUAGGUAAAUAUAAUCCCAGGUACUCAGGGAGCUGGGGCAGGAGGAUCACUUGCACCCUGAAGUUUGAGAUUGCUGUCAGCUAGGCUGAUGCCAGGGCACUCAACCCAGGGCUACUUUAUCUUAAAAACAAACAAACAAAAAAAAGGAUGGUCCCUGUGGCUCAAAGGAGUAGGGCACCGGCCCCAUAUGCCGGAGGUGGCAGGUUCAAACCCAGACCCGGCCAAAAACUGCAAAAAAAAAAAGCUACUUGGGGCAGCACCUGUGCCUCAAAGGAGUAGGGUGCUGGCCCCAUAUGCCGGAGGUGGUGGGUUCAAACCCAGCCACGGCCAAAAAAAACUGCAAAAAAAAAAAAAAAGCUACUUGGAAUCCACAUUGUUUAAGAUUUGCCUCCAUGUAAGACUGUCCAAUCCAGAAUGAGAAAGGAGAUAUAAUCAUAGAGACAUGAUUUUAAAAAUGAUAAAGAUACCUUAUACAACUCUAUUAUCAACAUUUUUUAAGCAGAGGAAAUGGAUGCUUUUCUAGCAAACUAUAAGUUAUGAAAAUUGCAUUAAGAAGUAGAAAACUUGUUAGAACAGUUACCACUGAAGAAUUUGGAAAAGUGACUGAAGAUCUAUAAUGGAAAAAUGCUGCAGGCCCAGAUGAUUUCAUGAUUAGUUUUAUCUACCUACUGUUUUUUUUUUAACGGACAGACUUUCACUCCAUUGUCCUCCAUAGAGUGAUGUGGCAUCACAGCUCACAGCAACUUCCAGCUCUCUUGGGCUUAGGCAAUUCUCUUGCCUCAGCCUCCCAGUAGCUGGGACUACAGGAGCCUGCCACAGCGCCCGGCUACUUUUUGUUGCAGUUUGGCCGGGGCCGGGUUUGAACCCACCACCUUCAGUAUAUGGGGCUGGUGCCCUACUCACUGAGCCACAGGUGCCACCCUAUCUACCUACUCUUUUUAAAGAACAAGUAAUACCAAUGUUAUUUAUUAUACAUGGAUUGUAAUACAGUCCAUACACUGUACUUCCUAUUUAUUUUAUGAAGUCAGAAUAAGUUUAACACCAGAACCAAAUAAAGAUAGUUGGGGGAAAAAACUCUAGAUGAGUCUUAUUCAUGAGUAUAGGAAGAAAAAUUAUGAUUAAGACAAUAGCAAAUAGGAUUCAACAAUAUACCUAAAGAUUGACAUACUAUUAUGACUAAGAGUUAUUGCAAGAAUGCAAAGCCAGUUAAGGAAUAGGAAAUAUACCAAUAAAAUCAAUAGCUUAAGAAUCAUAUGAAUUAUGAAUAGAUGCUGAAAACUAUUUAAUAGAAUUUAUAAACAUUUCUAAUCUAAUAAAAUAUAAAUUAAACUGUA